UGGACAUGAUAAAAACGGUAUCAAGCGAAAAAUUUCAGCUAUUAAACGGAGCACUAACAAACGAUCAAAAACCAAUACUUCAACAAAAAAACGCUCUGUACAAACUUCUAAAAAAUCACAAAGAACAAUUGAAAGCAAUUUGGAUACAAAUCUUUCUUCAAAUACAAAAAGUAACAAUGAAUUAUUCAUGAUGCCAAUGGAAAAGUUAGAAUAUGAAGAACGUAUGCUUUUAAUUGAAAAAAGAAAGGAAAAAUUAAGAGAAUUGUGGAUUGCUAAUACAAUUAAAGAGCGUGAACAUGGACUUGAACAAGAAUAA